AUGGGGGACAGACGGGCGGAUGUAGCGGGGGUGAUAGACCCUGACGUGGUGCUGCUGGGGGAUGUGAUGGCGGCUGUAGCGCGGCUGACAUGGAUUCUCACCUCUUCUCUCUGGCGAGUUUCCUGGUUCCCCUUCGUUCUCGACAAUCUCCCCCUGGAAAUCCAGCCGGCCAAUCACAAGCCACCAGCUGGCGUGGACGAGGCAGAGGUGCGAAAAUUCUUGAGGCAGCAUGCUGAGCUGGACAGUGGUGGGCCGAUUGGGUUUGUGAUGUGGAGCCAGAGACAGUUCCGGGAAGCUUCCUCUGCUGCAAGCAUAGCCGCACAACAAACAGCAGCAGCACGAGUUGCAGGAGCAGGAGGGAUAAGGGGAGGAGGAGAAGGAGGGGAAGUAGGGGAAGUAGGGGAAGGAGGGGAAGGAGGGGAAGGAGAAGGUGAAGCAGCAGGCAAUGUAGCAGCGUUCAACCGAAAUGGGUUGCGAGUUUCGUUGUUUUCUGAGCCGAUGCCGCCCUUUUUGUAUGGGCGGGGCCCUCAGGGGUGGCAGUGGGUGCUUCGCCAGCUGGCGUGGGCUAGCCAAAGGGGGGAUAGUACUAGUGGUGGCGGCAAGGGGAGGCAGGGGGGCGACAAGGGGAGGCAGGGGGGCGACAAGGGGAGGCAGGGGGGCGACAAGGGGAGGCAGGGGGGCGACAAGGGGAGGCAGGGGGGCGACAAGGGGAGGCAGGGGGGCGACAAGGGGAGGCAGGGGGGCGACAAGGGGAGGCAGGGGGGCGACAAGGGGAGAGAGCGAACUCGGAGGAAGGGGGAGGCAGAGGAGGGAGGGCAGGGAGUGGAGGGCAGGGGGAGUGGGGGACUGGGGGGCGGAACAGGGGGAGCGAAGCGGAGAAGGACGGUGGGGGGAAGGGGCUGUGGGGGAUACGAGAAAGGGAGAUGGAGGAGAGGCAACCGAGGAGGAGGGAAGGAUCGCAUGGGAGUGGGCGUGGACAGGGGGGAGCCGACAGUGGCCCAUCUGCGGUGGCACGUGGCCAUGUGCCAUGGGCCAGGAGGAGGUGAGAUGACACGGUACGGGCCAGCCAGGAGGCGAGCACCCCUGUCUCAUGCGUCGCAUCCGACCCGGCAUCUGCCCCUGCGAGCUCGUUCAUGCCUCCUGCAACAGGGGUUCUCUGCUCCUGCUCCCCUGAAUGGGGUGUGGCUGCUCAACCCUCCUCUCUGCCUUCACCCACCCCUCACAGGCGAGCAUCCCUGUCUCAUGCGUCGCAUCCGCCCUGGUAUCUGCCCCUGUGAACUCGCCCACGCCUCCCGCCGCUCCUCCCUCCCCUCCUCCCCCUUCCGCGCCGGUCCCUACUUCGCCUGCUCCCCGGAACCUCCGCCUCCCCCUCCCCGCCCUGUACUCGCUAUUAGCAUGCCUAACACCUCGCUAUUGGCAAGGGCGAAAACAAUAAUGCCCAACCUGCUAGUGGCAGCUCUCGACCCCACCGCCUACCGCAUCGCUCUCCUGCACGGCCUCCCCGUCUUUUAUGACAACACCACUGCAGCAGUGUUUCCAUCAGAUGCACAAGGAGCAAACGGAGCAGAGGGAGCUGAGGGGCUCGGGCCAGUUGGCUGUGCGUUUAACAGCCACUGCUUCCGGCACUACACCAAGCUCAAGAGCCGCGCCGUGCUGCGCGUGCUGCGGCUGGGCUAUGCUGUGCUGUGGAGCGAUGUGGAUGUGGCGUGGUUUGAGAAUCCGCUGCCAAUGCUAUGGCAGUAUGGGGAGGGGGUGCUAGCAAUACAGAGCAACGAGCCCGACCCCUCACUCCCAGCCAACUCAAUACGGCGCAUCAACAGCGGAUUCUACCUCGCUCGCCCCGACCCCCUCACCAUCGCUGCUCUCACCGCUGUGGUGAAGCAUGCGGCACACUCACGGCUGUCGGAGCAACCUUCCUUCUAUGACGUGCUGUGUGGGGAGCACGGGGAAAGGAGGGUGAGUGAGUGCGUGGCUUGUGCUUCUCUCACUGCUGCAUCCACCCUUGUAUCUGAGGUGGGCUCUGACACGUGUCAGUGGACCAAUGGCCUGCGAGUAGUCUUCCUGCCACGUCAGCAGUUUCCCAACGGGGCAGUUUACCAGCUGUGGGGGCCCAGGGAAGGAGAUGCUGGCAGUGUGCAAGGGGAGGUGUUAUCUGGUGCUGAUGGCCGGGGGGAGGUGGUAUCUGCUGGGAGUGCGACUAAUAAUGCUGCUGCUGUUGCUGCUGCUCCCCCUCCCCUUCUGCACGUCUGUCUGUGUGGGGCCGGCAGGGGGCACGGAACGAGGGAGGGAGAGGAGGGGCAGGUGUGCGCCACGGUGUGCGGCGUGGUGAAGCGCAUCAACCGCCUGCUCUCCGUGCAGCCGCUCAAGACGUGGUGCGUGGUGGAUUGCGGUGGGGAUGGGUUUUGCUGUGUGGGCAGUGAUGGCAUGUCGGUAUGUACGUACAUGCCAUUUGUGGUGAAGCGAAUCAACCGCCUGCUUUCUGUGCAGCCUCUCAAGAUGUGCGAAGCGCAUCAGCCGCCUGCUCUCCGUGCAACCACUCAAGACGUGGUAUGUGAUGGGAAUGUGAUGACAUGCCGUGUGCUUCAUGGGUACGUGGCGCAGACGGGGGACGUGGUGGUUGGGAGGGUGACAGAGCUCGUGCUCAAGCGACCGGCACUGCAUCUGUUGAACACAACACUCUCACCCCCUCCCCCCUCCCCUCCCCCGUUUCCUUCUUCAUGCCCCCGUCCCUCUCUCCAUACUGACUGCAGGUACGUGGCACAAACAGGAGAUGUGGUGGUGGGGCGGGUGACAGAGCUCGCCCCCAAGAGGUGGAAGCUGGCUGUGGGGUCGGCGCAUGAGGCCCAACUCAUGCUCUCCGCCAUCAACCUGCCGGGGGGAGCUCAGAGGCGGCGCACAGCAGUGGAUGAGUUGAACAUGAGGAACAUCUACGUAGAGGGGGACCUUGUCACGGCGGAGGUGCAGAGUGUGUUCCAUGAUGGCUCAGUGGUGCUGCACACCCGCAGCGAUAAAUACGGCAAGUUGUCAGGGGGUCUACUUGUGCACGUCCCCCCAUACCUCGUGAGGCGUCUCAAGCAGCAUUUCCACAUGCUCUCGCCCUCGGGCCCGCUCCUUGUCUUUGGCUGCAACGGCUGGCUAUGGGUCGGCCAACCCCCUCCCUCCACCUCCUCAUCCGGCUCACCUGGGACCCAGGGUGAAGGGGCUAGUGGGGGUGUUGGUGGCGGUGCUGGUGGAAAACGUGCGGCUGAGACGGCUGUGCGUGUGGAGGAGCGGGAGAGGAUUUGUCGAGUGGCGGCGGCGAUUCGGGCGCUAGAGAGGGGAGGUUUGGCGGUGGAUCCGCCGGCACUGGCGAGAGUGGUGGAGUGGAGUGUUGCGAUGGGUGUUUCGGUGGCGGAAAUGGGCGAUGAGGAUUUUGUUGCGACUGUUGUGGAAAAGGAGGUGGAGAAGAGGGAGGCUGAUGCAGCGGAAGGGAGCUGA